AUGCCUUGGAAGCUUGAAAAAAAAGUCACAAGUGAUUUCUGUUAUCAAGAGAUCUGUCAAGGAAAACCUAAAUGGCCAACUGAUGACUGCCUUACCAAAGAUAUAAAACCAAAGAUCCAAACCUUUUGUGAACCUUGGAAGAAGAAGCUGGGGAAGAAAGUGAAGAUGAAGACAUUAUCUGCUGAUCCUGGGUCUUUCGUACCCUUUUUGUUAUCUUUGAACGCAGAAUUUGAGAGACGAUGUCCUCUGCCAAAAUUGUUAUCCUUACUGCCAAAGGUUUCCGUUCAAUGGAAGUUCAUUACCUUGAGCGUGAACGCUCUGUCUUCUUUUGUGAAACGUUCUUUACCCCGCAAUUACCAAAGCCAAUUAGAGCUGUUUUUCAAUGUCUUUGAUUUCAAGAAACUCCGGUACAAAAGUAUCUCUGAACUAACACUGAAUGGUGAUAACAAAGAGCUCUUUGGUAAUAUUGUCAGAACAGAUGGGUUUUCAGUUGACUUUCUUUUUUAUAAAAGACAACAAUCUGGCCAUGGUGCCUCAUUCCAAAAAUUGGAUCUCCCUCUAGAUGAUUUCUCUCUGGAAGAAGUUGAUAAGACUUAUCUACCUAUUACCAUGGAUCCUGGAAGAAAGUCUGUCUUCACUGCUGUUAUUGGCUCUACAUCAAACAGACAAUUAAACAGAAAGAAGGCCGUCACAGGCAUAGAUCUCAUAGAAAGUCAGAUUCCCUCGCCAAAGACCUCUCGUUUGGAGAUAUAUGAGGUAUACAUUGCCUAUAUAGUCAAUAACAUGGACGCUCUCUUGGCUUUUUAUGGGUCCGAAACUGCAAAGGACCGGUUUACGUUGUUCCAAGGAAGGCAAAGAGCACCCGAAACUAUGGACAGCAUGUUAACUCAUGGAACGGCCAAUGCCAAGAAGUGGAAGGCUGAUAAAUACUUGGAAUCCCUUAGAAGGGCGCCACUGAUGGUGUUUGGUGCUGGUAUGCUUGGCAAAGAUGCAGUGAGGUUGAAAGGACAAAGAUGUGGUGUUGUCGGUAAACUUUUUGCAACUCUGAAGAAACGUGAGGCUGAAGGUCAAUUGAUUGUUGUCACAAUCGAUGAAUUUGAAACUUCUAAAACAUGCAGCCUCUGUUUCUAUGAUGAUGUGCAAAUUGUUGAUACUCCUGGAUUUAAGGGUACUGGCGUUCUUCAUUGCAAGCAAUGUUGA